UAUAUAUAUAUACACACACACACAUAUAUGAAUAUUAUUAUAGAUUAAAACACUUUAUAAAGGAAAGGUAGGAAGACUUCUCAUCUUAUAGGAAAAGAGCCCAAAUUUGUGAUUAAUGUUUCAAAGUUCUUUGUUCAGAGCAUAGUUCUAAUUCUAAUAGGCUAAUCCAUACACUUUGUUUGUCAAGAAAGCUAGCUCUCAGAACUGUGAACGAGAGAAAUUAAGAGAUAUCAUGGCAUUAGAAGCUGUGGUGUUUCAGCAAGACCCUUUUAGUUAUGGCUGCAGAGACUUCCAUAGCUUUGGAGGAGAAAGUGGAACCUUCAGCUAUGACACUGCUUUUCAACAACAAGAAGAAAAAGCUUACUGUAGUACUGAAGAAACUCCUACUAAAAGUAGAGGCUUUGGUUUCAGUGCAGUGGUGCACCAACCCUUAAAGGAAUGGAACUCCAAGUCUUCCUCCCAAGAUAAUGUCUUUGUCACCGGUGGACUCCCUCCGGUGGAGUCUCCACUAGACGCCUCAUCUUUUAGGCGGAAGAGAAGGCGAACCAAAAGUGUCAAGAACAGAGAAGAAAUAGAGAAUCAGAGGAUGACUCAUAUUGCUGUUGAAAGAAAUAGAAGGCGGCAAAUGAAUGAUUAUCUUGCUGUACUUAGGUCUAUGAUGCCUACCUCUUACGUUCAAAGGGGGGAUCAAGCAUCAAUCAUAGGGGGAGCAAUUAAUUUUGUAAACGAGUUAGAGCAUCUCCUUCAAUCAUUGGAAGCACGGAAACGAUUGGAAGAAAGAUCAGAAAACUCCUCCCUUUCUUCACUCUUCUCCGAUUUCUUUUUCUUUCCUCAGUACUCAACUGGCUCGACCGGUACCCACCUUAGCUGCGCUGCGGCCGCCGGCAAACCAAUGGCUGAGAAACGAUCAUCUGCUGUUGCUGAUGUUGAAGUAACAAUGGUGGAGAGCCAUGCAAACCUCAAAAUACUGUCCAAAAGACACCCGAAACAGCUCUUAAAAAUGGUUUCCGCACUUCACUCUCUAGGCCUUUUCGUUCUUCACCUCAAUGUCACAUCUGUUGAAAAUAUCGUCCUUCAUUCUUUCAGUGUUAAGGUUGAAGAUAAUUGUGAGCUUACUACGGUGAAUGAAAUUGCAGCUGCUGUUUAUGAAAUGGUGGAUAGGUUUCAAGAAGAGGCACCUGCUUAAUUCAUAACUUUAGGUUGGGAUCCUAUUUUUAUUUUAUUUGCUAAUCUUUGCUUGCAUUGCAUGGCAGCCAUGAUAUCCAUAAAGCAAGAAAAAAAUGGG